GUUUUUUUAAUUCAAAAUUUUCGAACCGGACCUCUCGUCUUCCUCCUCCUGCUUCCCCAUCCGAACCCACCAGGCCCGGCCCCAACCAGACCAGACCAGACAGCUCCGUUUCCCCUCGCCCGCCCCCUCCUCCACCUCCACCGCGCACCAAACCCAAAGUCGCAGCCGCAUUCCCUCCACCCCCUCUUUCUUGCCCCUCCUCUCCGCGUCUUUAGGAGCGGCGGCGGCGCCGGCUGCUACGGCGGAGGUGGCGGCGCCCCCCUCCCCCUCGGCGGCGGCGGCGGAAGGGUUUCUCCUCCCUGGAAGAGGGAGGCUCUGGCGGGAGUGUGUAAGGUUGCGUUGUGCUGGGGACAGGCGGCGGAGCGAGAUCCGGGCCGGAAGGUGGGGGUCUCGGGGUGGCGCCGUGGCGUCGGCGUGAUCUGAAAUGAUAUUGGCGCCCGCGGCGCGGUAUUCGCAGCGGAGGCCAUGACGACCAACACCAAGCGCGCCUACAAGCUCCAGGAGUUUGUGGCACAUUCAUCCAAUGUCAACUGCCUCAAGAUUGGGAGGAAGACCUCCCGGGUUCUCGUCACAGGAGGAGAGGAUCAUAAGGUCAAUCUUUGGGCUAUUGGGAAACCAAAUUCAAUAUUGAGUUUAUCAGGGCAUACAAGUGCUGUGGAGUCGGUUAGUUUUGAUUCCACAGAAGUGUUUGUGGCCGCAGGAGCAGCCAGUGGAACAAUAAAAUUAUGGGAUUUGGAGGAGGCAAAGAUUGUCCGCACUCUUACUGGACAUAGGUCAAACUGCAUGUCAGUUGAUUUCCAUCCCUUUGGGGAAUUCUUUGCCUCUGGAUCAUUGGACACUAAUUUGAAGAUAUGGGAUAUAAGAAGGAAGGGUUGUAUUCAUACAUACAAAGGUCACACACGAGGGGUGAAUGCUAUUAGAUUCACACCCGAUGGGCGGUGGGUUGUGUCUGGUGGUGAAGAUAAUACAGUGAAGGUUUGGGAUCUGACAGCUGGAAAGUUAUUACAUGAUUUCAAGAACCAUGAGGGUCAGAUUCAGUGCAUAGAUUUCCAUCCCCAUGAGUUCCUUCUGGCAACAGGUUCAGCUGAUAAAACUGUCAAGUUCUGGGAUUUGGAAACCUUUGAGUUGAUUGGAUCUGCUGGACCUGAGACAACAGGUGUUCGAUCCAUGACAUUCAAUCCUGAUGGAAGAUCUCUGUUAUGUGGGUUGCAUGAAAGCUUAAAGGUUUUCUCAUGGGAGCCAAUAAGAUGCCACGAUACUGUGGAUGUGGGAUGGUCUAGACUUGCUGAUCUAAAUGUCCAUGAGGGAAAACUUCUUGGUUGUUCUUUCAAUCAAAGUUGUGUUGGAAUAUGGGUUGUUGAUCUAACGCGUCUUGAGCCAUACGCAACUGGUACUUCGACAAAACUAAAUGGUCAUUCUGAAUUGAAGACUUUGUCAAGUGGCACUAUGCCUUUACAAAAUGACAGUGGUUCAAGGGCUAACAUUGGGCGAUCAUCAGUUCUACAAAAUUCAGAGAAUAACUUAAAGGCUUCUUCAGGAAGACUAUCAGUUUCUCAAAACUCAGAUUCUGCACUCAAAGAGACAAAAUUGACAGCUUCAGGCGGAAUGGUCCCAAGCACACCACAAAGGGCUGGAAUCGGCUCCAAUACUAAAUCUGUUGGAAAUUCAGCUUUUGCAUCUGGUGGCACCACCUUGAAGAGAAGUUCACUGAAGAGUAACAAUGCCUCUAAUCUUCACAAUUUCAGUAAAGUUGAUGUAGUGCCUGUGAUUGUCCCAAGAACUAGCUCAGGAGGAGAGCUGGCUACUGAUUCUAGAAGUGAUGCUGCUGAUGUGGCACCUGCUCUUUCUAAGGCAACAAGAAGGGUAGAGCCUGCUACUGAUUCUAGAAAAGAAAUUACUGAUGCAGAACCUGUUAUUCCUAGAGCAAGCUCAAGAAUGGAAAUAUCCUCUGAUUCAGCACCUGUUGUUGCUUCCAAGGCAGGCAGAAGGUUGGAGUCUGCUACUGAUUCUAAGAAAGAAAGUACUGAUGCAGCACCUGUUGUUCCCAGGGCAGCUUCCAGAAUGGAAAUGGUCUCUGAUUUUGCACCCGUUCUUUCUAAGGCAAGCAGAAGACUAGAGUCUGCUACAGAUUCAAGGAAAGAAAGUACUGAUGUGGCACCUGUUGUUGUCCCCAGAACAAGUUCAAGAAUGGAAAUGGCCUCUGAUUCUAGGAGAGAACCUUCUGCUGGAAGAGUCUCACCAUACAGAAUCCAAUCAAGAUAUGCUGAGCUACGGAAGCUAACCCAUGCCAAAGGUGAUGCAAACAAAGUUGAUGUUGGAAGCAAAAAUACUGAAACAGAUGACUUUAAUUGCCAAAUAUUUCUUCCCCGGGGAAAUGGUGUUAUUCAAACAAAAAGUUCUGAAGAAAUCCGUGAAGAUGUUAAACAUGGUGCAGUUGACAAGAUGGGAUUUUUGAAUUCAACAGAACCGAAUACAAGUCUCCACAGUGAGAAUUACGUUUCUAGACUGCACAAACCAAGAGAUAACUACUAUAUUGAAGUUUCAAGAGCAGGAAGAACAAGAUCAAGUGUCUCUAAUUGGGAAGGGAGGGAUCAGUCCCCUAGUCACGAAGAACCGACAAGUAGUUCUUCUUCGCUGGCUCGUACAGGCCGUUCGUAUUCAUCUAGAGGAAGCAACCAAGCUACUGAAACUCCAAUCAUAGCUAGUGAUGAGGAUGUUCUAUCUCUUCUAAUGGAACAGCACGAGCUAUUUCUAAGCUCAACACGGUCUCGACUGACAAAAUUGCAGAUUAUUCAUCAAAUGUGGGAUAGAAAUGACAUCAGGGGUGUUAUCUCUGUGAUGGAGAAGAUGUGUGAUCACGCUGUCUCUGCUGAUAUGGCAAGUGUUCUGAUGGAGAAAAAUGAAACAAUCACACUAGAUUUAUGUACCUCUAUCCUGCCUGUUGUCACUGACCUUCUGGAGAGUAAAACUGAUAGACACUUAGGUGUUUCAUUGGAAUUGUUGGUGAAGCUUGUUAGGACUUUUGGGCCAGUAAUCCAUUCAACAGUAUCAGCAGGGCCUUCUUCUGUUGGUGUAGAUCUUCAGGCAGAGCAAAGGCGGGAGCGCUGCAACCUAUGCUUCAUUGAAUUGGAGAAGGUCAAAAAUAAGCUUCCGUUUCUUACAAGAAUAAAAGGGGCAGUUGCAAAUGCAGCACAAGAACUCACUCUUGUCUUCCAGGAAGUUAUGAGUUGACUGACCACACACUCAUAGAUAUACACAAUUAGAUGGGAAAUGCUUUCCCCCUAAUGGCACCAAGAUCGGAUUUCAGCUACCAUGGAGUGCUGUUCAAUCUUGCGCUGCCAUCAAACUCCAAGGCUACACCACCAGCAGAAACAUUUUGUUGCUGCUGUUCAUGCCUUCUGUACACAUGCUAACACAGAUGGCCUGACAUCCGUGUCAUUUGGGAAGAGAAGCUGCCAUGGACAAUGACUUCAGCCACAAUAUUCGGCGGACGUUGUUUCAUGGACUGCUGAAGGUGUUAUAGGCCUCAAUCAAUUGAUGACCUAAAGAUGGAAGCUAAGGCAUUUUUGGCGCUUCUAGUGCUUUGCUGGCUGUAACAUCUUAUUGUGUAUCAUUAGUAAUGUGCAUGCGCGACAGACCGACAAUCAACAGCUUGCAUUUGAUAGUUUAUGGUUGGUUUGUGUUGUCUGGUCGAUUCAGUGGCAAGAUUGACGAGUGAAGCAAGCCGUGUACAUCAUUCUUGAAGAUUUGAUUUCUGUUCUCUCGAUGACUCCCUUUGUUCUAUUUGGAAGUGUGAAAAUGAAGUCACUUGGCGGUGGACUUGCGUUUGCCUUGUCAUGGCGACUGUUUCCCUGCUUAUACUGUUAGGCGAUAGGCAGCAAGCAGGAUCGUCUUGUUUCUUUUUUCGUGAGAAUGUCUUUCUUGUUAAUCUGUUAAACAGCUACACCAGCUUGAAUUUUGAUGAUCUUUCUCUACUUA